AUGGCUGGAGAGAUCUACGAAGUUAGAGGACUUCUGAAGUUUGGACGUGGUGGUCCUUCCUGUCCCUCGCAUCUGAAGGGAAAGCUUGUCACUUUAGAAUGCCUCGAAGGUGAAACCUUUGAGCUCCCUGCUGAAGCGGCCUGCCUGGCUGGGCGUGUUCGAAGCCUCGUGACAGAGAAUGGCUGUGACCACGUUCUGAAGUUUGAGCUGAAGAAGACGACCAUGUUGAAGGUCUGCGAGUACUUGAAGCAUCACCGAGAUCAUAGUGUUAGUGAGGUCAUUACUCCACUGCCUAGCAGCGACUUGCGCGACUGUGGGGUAUCUCGCUGGGAUUGCAGCUUUGUCAACGUUGAUGUCGAAGCAUUAUUUGACAUUGGUUUUGCUGCCACAACGUUAGGGAUUCCGAGCCUGGACUUCCUGGUCAAUGCGAAGCUUGCAUGCAUGACGAAUAACAAGAGCGCAGACAAGCUCAGAAGGGAGUACAAAAUGAUUAAUGAUUUGCCUGCACAGGAGGAGGCAGAGUUGCGGCGAACUUAUACCGCCCUGCAGAAGCAGCAUGGUGAAGAUGUGGAUGUUGACUUAUCGCAAUUGGCUGCAGCCAGCGUGUUUCACAAUGGCAUGGCAGCUGCCCGGACCCAGCUGGAAAGCAUCAAGAACGGGGAAGACGAAACUCAAGCUUCACAGACACAGCUGAAUCCCAAAAGUUGGCGGUAUGGGAUGUGGUCGGCCGGUGUUAAGAAAGAUUGGCAGCUGCUUGCCGAUGCUCCAUACGAGAUCACCAACGACCGGGAGUUGGUGCAAACUGCAAUUGUGUCCAGCCAGGGAAGGGCAUUGAAGUAUGCUUCGGUGGAGCUGCGGGCCGAUGAGAACCUGGUGCUGCUGGCGACGUCCUUCUUUGGGACCGCUUUUGCAGACGCCGCCCCGGAAUUGCGGGCGAAUAGGAGGUUCGUUCUCGCCGCCGUUGGCAGCCACGGUGCUGCUUUAGCACAUGCAUCAGAUGCCCUGCAGAGCGACAAAAGCUUCCUCGUGGAGGCGGCGAAAGCUGGCAGCGGUUCUUGCCUACAGGGAGCCAGAGAAAGCUUAAAAUCCGACCGAGACCUGGUUCUGGAGAUGGUGGUGCAUGAUGCAGCAUCUGUCCGAUUUGUGACCGAGGAGCUGCGAAAUGAUAAGGCUUUUGCAAUCGAGGCAGUCAAGAGAAAUGGUGCAGCCUUGAAGUUCUUGCUACCAAAGUUCCAAGCAGAUGUGGAGAUUGUGCAAGCUGCCGUGGCGCGAGAUCCGCGUGCUGCUUCCCAUGCACAUGCUUCGCGCCGUCACGAGAUUGGACUUGAAGGAGAGUCUGCGCUGGGGGAGACCCAUCUGGCAAAGGAAUAUGCCGCGCAGGCGGAAGCUGGUCAAGCGAAGGCUCAGAAAGACGAGGUUGUGUCGGUGGCCGGCAUUGGCCAUCGCCAGAUGCCCUGGCAGGAAGCUCUUGGGCAGUUGAAUUACACAACCAUGAAGCUCGGCAAGCAAGUCGGCUUCUCAGCCGGAAGCACCAUGAUGGGGAACCUUGGUCAAGGAAAUUACGUUGCAGCAAAUUCAGUGAACGAUAUCUUCCCAGCGCUCAAUCGACCAGAGCUAGACUCCUCUACAAUCAUGUGGGGUGGUGUCGGUGGUGGCAUCGGCAUGCGCUGGGCGAGCUUCGGGUCAAACGACGUAUUGUGGAAUGUGGAAGAUGGUCUGCUCACGAUUGACGAUGCCACCAAGGCUGUGAGAUUCGUCUGCGCGAGGAUGCAUCCUCCUCCGCUCGUCAUGCCAUCAAAGUUUGACAGAGAAACAAGAGGAAACAUUUUGACGCCUACCGCCGGCAUGAUCAAGCUGGAGCUACCGGAGGCCGAAUCUGAGGGUGCGAAAGCUGCGGAGGUCGCUGGAGACUGGGAAGGACUGGCAGCGACUAGAGACCGCGAGGCUUUGAAGAACCUCCAGACCGUAGAUCGUCGGCCUCUUCCGCUGAAUAUGAAUUCCCCGCUGGCGAACUCACCCUUGGGUGGUUGGCCAGACCUGCUGAACGAGUCCCAUGAUUUGAAAGCGAAAAGCAAGAUGAAGUCACUGCUGCAGACGGGCACCCAGAUUGUCUUAACCGGUGUCCACGGCAAGAAUGGCAUGACUGGAUCAUUGUCCCAAAAGUUCAGUGACGGCAAGUGGAAGGUGCAGAUUGAUGGUGUCGGCAGCGCCAUUCUGCAUGAAGACAGCUUUGAGAUCAGCGAUUCCCUUGCCGGGCAGCGCUCGAUGGUUGAUCAGGUGGUCAAGGACGAGAGGACAGCUCUUCGGCGUGCGAAGAUUCUAGAGAAACGCAGCCAGUUGCUGGAGAAGAAGGCAGCGAAAAACCAAGCCAUGGAGAAGAUUGUUGCCUUGACUGGCUCAGAGACGGCCCCUCUUGCACGUGCUCGGCGGUCCUACUUUAUUUCUGGAACAUGGAAUGGCUGGAGUGCUGAGGAGAUGAUCUGGAGCCCGGAGGAGGCUUGCUUUUCCUAUUCCAUGCACGUCGGCGAGUCGGGCCAGGAAGCCUUCCAGGUAUUGCUAGACCUACAAGGCACCACUUGCCUGCAUGCCGGUGAAGUUCCUCAGAGAUGUCAAGGAGGAAUGGUGGUCCAGGGACCUGAUCCCAAGUGGAGGUGUGAAGGAUUCAAUUUCAAGAUCUCCAAGGUUCAGGCUGGCUGCAAAUGCAGCGUCAGGUUAUUGCUCGACGAGAAAGGCUUUGCCAAGAAGGUGCAUUGGCUACCCGUUGCCUAA